CGUGAGUUGUAUAUGACAUGUUUCUCUGUGCACCCAUUGUUCUUGUCUCAAAGUAAAAGUGUGUGUAUAUAAAAGAGGUCCCUCUUCUCAGUUCUUUGAAAACCUCAACAACUCAACACGUUGCCUCUACUCUCUGCAGCUUUUAAUUUGUUUGCAGGCACACAACCAUGGCUGCUCUCUCCAACGGCCACGACGCUUCCUUCUUCAAGAUGCCCUCCAUCAAGUUCACCAAGCUCUUCAUCAAUGGAGAAUUUGUUGAUUCCCUUUCAGGGAAGGAGUUUGAAACAAUAGAUCCCAGGACAGGAGAAGUGAUUACAAGAAUCGCAGAAGGAGCAAAAGAAGACAUUGAUGUUGCUGUCAAAGCGGCACGUGACGCUUUCGACUAUGGUCCAUGGCCCCGUAUGCCCGGUGCUGAAAGAGCAAAAAUCAUGAUGAAAUGGGCAGACUUAAUUGAUCAGAACAUCGAGGAAAUAGCAGCAUUGGAUGCCAUUGAUGCAGGGAAGUUGUACCAUUGGUGCAAGGCUGUUGACAUUCCUGCUGCAGCAAAUACUAUUCGUUACUAUGCCGGUGCUGCGGAUAAAAUUCAUGGGGAGGUCUUAAAAGCGUCUAGGGAGUUCCAUGCAUAUACUUUGUUAGAACCAAUUGGUGUUGUAGGACACAUUAUUCCGUGGAAUUUCCCCAGCACCAUGUUUGUUGCCAAGGUGAGUCCUUCCUUGGCUGCUGGUUGCACAAUGGUCCUCAAGCCUGCUGAACAAACACCUCUCUCGGCCUUGUUUUAUGCUCAUCUUGCUAAGCUGGCUGGAAUUCCAGAUGGAGUGCUUAAUGUAGUACCCGGAUUUGGCCAAACUGCAGGUGCUGCAAUAAGCUCACACAUGGACAUUGAUAAGGUAAGCUUUACGGGUUCAACAGAAGUGGGGCGUGAAGUAAUGCGUGCUGCAGCUAAUAGUAAUUUGAAACCAGUUUCACUUGAGCUAGGAGGCAAGUCACCCGUCAUAGUUUUUGAUGAUGCUGAUGUAGAUAAAGCUGCUGGACUUGCUCUCAUGGGCAUCCUAUUUAAUAAGGGAGAAAUUUGUGUUGCAGGCUCCCGUGUGUUGGUUCAGGAAGGAAUCUAUGAUGAAUUUGAGAAGAAAUUGGUGGAAAAAGCAAAUGCUUGGGUGGUUGGUGAUCCUUUUGAUCCUAAAGUUCAGCAAGGGCCUCAGGUUGACAAGAAGCAAUUUGAAAAGAUUCUUUCCUAUAUCGAGCAUGGAAAGAAAGAAGGUGCAACCCUUUUGACAGGGGGCAAAAGAGUGGGCAACAAGGGUUACUACAUUGAGCCUACAAUUUUCUCUAAUGUUAAGGAGGACAUGCUUAUAGUACAAGAUGAAAUAUUUGGCCCUGUGAUGGCUUUGAUGAAGUUUAAGACUAUUGAAGAUGCAAUUAAGAUUGCCAACAAUACAAGGUAUGGCCUAGCAUCAGGCAUUGUGACAAAGAGUUUGGACACAGCCAACACUGUGUCAAGGUCCAUUCGUGCAGGCAUUGUUUGGAUCAACUGUUAUUUUGCCUUUGGGGAUGACAUUCCUUAUGGGGGGUACAAGAUGAGUGGAUUUGGAAGAGAUUUUGGAAUGGAAGCCCUACACAAGUAUCUUCAAGUUAAAUCUGUUGUAACUCCCAUUUACAAUUCUCCCUGGCUUUGAUUUUUUUUAUUUUUUUUUGUGUUGUGUGGAUAUAAACAAUGGUGAACUAUAGAAGAGCUUCCUUAAACGUAUACUUCAUCAAAUUAAUAAGUGUUUAAAUACAUUUUUAGUCAUUGUAAUUUAAUAUUUUUUUAUUUUU